AUGUCCCAAUGCUCCUCCACGAUAUCCAAUACAUUGAUGUACUCCUCAUUUUUCAACAUCCCAGACUAUAACCAUUCUCUCCCUGCUAAUGCCACGUCAGAUAUGUCCUCAUCCCGUUACCGUCUUCGCGGCUGGACGGUUUGUUCGGGAUCCUCCCUAGCCUUUGCGGAGGUUUGGUUUGGGAGGGAUUUUCGUGCUUUCGGUGUAAUACCAUGUAUGCCCAUGGUUGCUCAUCGUUACCGCCAGAUUGAGUUCGGCGGUGAUGCGUAUGAUGGACCAGGGGAACCUUCACCACUGCCCAUGCCAGGUUUUAUAGGGAAAGAGAAUGUUCGUACUCCAUUGUGUACGGAGGAAAAGGAGAAAGUAUGA